CAGUAAAUACACAUGCAGAAGAAUUCAUUACAAGUUUUGGGACAUAUAGCGCUUGUAGAUUCUGCGCAACUAAGUGAUUUUUUUUGGUGGAAGCAGAGUGACCGUUAUACUGUUUGUUAUUACAACGAAUGCUUCCUUUCUUAUCGAUCAUUGCACGUUUUUUUAAAAGCGACACAUAGCUACUUAGGUUUGCUAGCUAAUAUUAGCUACCUAGUAAUGCAGUACCACUUGGUUCUGUUUUUGUCGCCUUUUGUUAUUGUUAGUUGCUCCUCCGACACGUAAGAAUUUGGUUCUAUGUUGAUUGCUUGCCAGCUAUAUUUUUCAAAAUCAGAAGACUUGUACGCACGUGAUGUGGAGGAAUAAUGGGAAGUGUAGUUGAUGGCUAUUAUGGCUAGGUUUCAUUGCAAUAACUGUUGCAAAAGUAUUGGAGCAACACACAUUUUAUAUGCUGGGUUGUUGCAUUAAUAAAUGUAGCAUCGAUCACCUCAUUGGUAAAACAAAGCGAAUAAUUUCGGUUUAUGCGUGCAAUUUUAUAUCUAUAGCUUUUUGUGCUUCUGUUGUGAAUGAACGGAAGUCAUGUGACAUUCACAAGCUAAUAUUUGGUAAUUCUUAAAUCAGUACGUUUCAAUAUAGCUAGAGAUUCGAUAAUUUCUCUGAUCAACGAUUUCUCAGACGCUCCUUUUCAGAGCGAGUUAGAGUGCAAACAUCAUGGAUUUAAGUGUAUUAAUUCCAUAGUGGAGACAAGACUAGUCCCGAGAGUUGCAGUAGUGCGGACUUAAUUGACAACGUGUCAGCUGUCCCAUUGGACAUUAAACUGAAUUAUACAAAGCAAAAUUAUCCUAAUGAGCAUUAAACUACACUAUACAAACUAGAACAGAGCUGCUGCUCUGAAAACAGAAAUAAUUACACCUGGUGUUAGGGAUGUGUAAAGUUGUAUAGUAGUAGUAUAAAGUUAUAUUUCAAGUUGACAUAAUGGUCACGGCAUUAGGGUGUAUUCAGGGGGAGCUAGGAUAAUUCUAAGGGCCCUGAUUGACAGGGGUCCUCAAACAAUGUGUUGUAAUAUUGAGGAUUCAUGGAGUGGUGGGGCCCAACAUGCAGUCUUGGCAAGAGACUCAAAAUCCCUGACGGGGCCCCUAGAUGUACCCAUACAAGAUGCAUGUUCUUUUACACAUUUGUUAGCAUUUUUGCAAUGAUGUUUGUCGGAGAGUUUACUAUCAGAAACAGGACCUGCACACUAAGCCAAAUUGCUGCUGUUGCACUUGAGGCUGUCGGUCCAUAAAGCUUAAAUUCAUGGUGUUUCCUGAUCUCACACUGCAUUCAGUCCAAAAAAGAUGCAGAAUACAGAAGUGUAGCAAUGGAAAUGUGACAUACUGAUAAGUGCUACAAAUAUUUAUACCAAUGAAUCAAACAGGAUCUUUUUUAAGAGGAAGUCAGGAUGGCUAGCGGGCACACAGAGAAAGAUUCAGCCAAUCAGAAGUUGCAGUUUGCUCCUUUCUGCAGUGCCCUAGAAGCAGGUUUCUGGCAUCAGCUGACCCAGAAGAAACUAAAUGACUAUCGACUUGAUGAGAGUCCAAGGAGCAUCAAAGGUUAUUACUAUAACGGGGAUCCGGCUGGCCUCCCUACUCGCUUGACUUUAGAGUUCAGUGCAUUUGAUGCGACCGGGCCAACCCCCGCUCGCUGCUGCCCUGCUCUGGGAACGCUCUACAAUAUGAACACUUUAGAAGCUUUCAAAACCUGUGACAAGAAAGUACUUUUGGAAAAGGAAGCGAAUGAGAUAUGGCAAGCAGUGCAGUCUGAGACAAUUCUAGAAAACCCAUCUCUUCUAAGCAAAUUUAUUUUGCUGACAUUUGCGGAUUUGAAGAAAUAUCGCUUCUAUUACUGGUUCUGUUUCCCUGCCCUGUGCUUCACGGAGGGAAUUCAGGUUCUGCAGCCGCCAGUCCCACUUGAAGAGAAGUUCUCUCUCAAGCAGAUUGCGGCUUUGCAAGGUUCCUAUGAUGAUCUUUGCAAUGAAAGAGGAACUACAGCCCUUCCUUACUUUCUAAUAAAGUGCUCUGGGGAGGAUGUGUUGGUGUCUUCACUCCAAAACUGGAAUACAUUCUUCAAAGGGCAAAAAAAGGUAACUGUGGGCGUCUAUGACCCCUGCACUCUGUCUCAGCACCCUGGCUGGCCUCUGAGGAACCUGCUUGUACUUAUAGCCAGCAAAUGGGGCUCGGUGCUGGACGUGGUGGAGGUUCUGUGUUUCAGGGAUCAGACCCUGCAGGGAAAGCGGUCCAUUCAGCACAGCAUCAUUUUCCAGAUCAAGCUCCCUGAGCUCUCCCUGAACACAGGAUGUCCAAAGAGUGUAGGCUGGGAGAAGAACCAGAAGGGUGCAAUGGGACCCAGAAUGGUCAACCUCAGUGAAUGUAUGGACCCAAAGAGGCUAGCCGAGUCCUCAGUGGACCUGAACUUGAAGCUGAUGCGUUGGAGGCUGGUUCCUUCCUUGGAUCUGGAGAAGGUCGUGUCCACCAAAUGCCUCUUGCUGGGAGCCGGAACCCUGGGAUGUAACGUUGCCAGGACCUUAAUGGGCUGGGGAGUGAGGCACAUCACCUUUGUGGACAACGCCAAGAUCUCCUACUCGAACCCGGUGCGGCAGCCGCUGUAUGAGUUUGAGGACUGCCUGGGUGGGGGGAAGUCCAAGGCCCUUGCUGCAGUGGAGAGGCUGAAGAAGAUCUUUCCUGGAGUGAGCGCGGAGGGUCACAACAUGAGCAUCCCCAUGCCGGGGCACCCCGUCGACUUCUCGGAGGUGACGAUGGCGCAGGCGCAGCACGACGUGGAGCAACUGGAGGCGCUGGUCUCCGCCCACGACGUCGUCUUCCUGCUGAUGGACACGCGGGAGAGCCGCUGGCUGCCCACCGUCAUCGCGGCCAGCCAGAGGAAGCUCGUCAUCAACUCAGCACUUGGGUUUGACACCUUUGUUGUGAUGAGGCACGGUCUGAAAAAACCAAAGCACGCAGAGUCGGAAGGCUCCUCCCCUUCGUCCGCCUCCGGCACCCCUGCUUCAGCCUCCACCUCCACGUCCUCCUCUUCCUCCACCCCUGGUGGCCCCGCCCUGGUCCCAGGAGCCUCCCUGUUCUCCAACAUCCCUGGACACCGGCUGGGCUGCUAUUUCUGCAACGACGUCGUCGCCCCGGGAGAUUCUACCCGGGAUCGGACUCUGGACCAACAGUGCACAGUCAGUCGGCCCGGGCUGGCCAUGAUCGCUGGAGCACUCGCUGUGGAGCUGAUGGUCUCCAUUUUGCAGCACCCCGAAGGAGGCUACGCCGUCGCCAGCAGCAGCGAUGACAGAAUGAACGAGCCCCCGACGUCACUGGGCCUGGCACCCCAUCAGAUCCGAGGAUUUCUGUCAAGAUUUGACAAUGUUCUUCCUGCAAGUUUGGCUUUUGACAAAUGCACUGCCUGUUCACCUAUAGUACUGGAUCACUACGAGCGCGAGGGGUUUCAGUUCCUAUCCAAAGUCUUCAACUCCUCUCACUCCUUCCUGGAGGACCUGACGGGGCUGACCCUCCUUCACCAGGAGACGCAGGCGGCUGAGAUCUGGGACAUGAGCGAUGAUGAAAGCAUCUGAGAACAUGGACGCCACAGAGCUCGGACUGUGUGUUUCUGCGUGGCUUGUGGCAGUGCUCAAUGCCAAGCCAAGAGCACCCAACAGAGCAGCAUCAGUCACUCAAUCUGGCUGCCAGCUUUCUGGCUCUCCCAAACAGACCUGCCCUUUAUGCGCUAAUGUGUUCAUGCUGCUGUAUUUGCAUAUUAAUGAAUGUUUACAUACCUUUUUAAAGAAAAUGGACAGAUGUUAAAUGACAUAUGCAGGUUAUCAUCGGUGUUCAUACUUCAUAUAUGCUUAGCUCCCAUCCACAUUUUCACACUUAUUUGUCUCUUGAAUAACUUUUUUAUGUUUGAUUUUGUUCGUCCAGUCAGUUGUUAACUCAGUGUAUUUGGUGUGUAUCAUGUUUAGUGUCCUGAAUUAAAAAACAGAACGUAUACUCCC